CCUGCUGUGGCGAACGUUACUCGGGGCUCCUUCUACGACGGCAACCGCAUCGACUCGCUAACCGACGCCGUGCCGUUUACCGCCAACGGAACGAUAUCGAUCGAUGAACGCGUCUCGCCUCCACCUACCUCUGUCGAUAUAAACGAUCUACUGCGACGUGUGUACUCUGCACUUAUAAAUAACAAACAUUUCAAUUAUUAUUUCGGUCUGCCACCAACCUACUGAAAAAUCCGAUCGAUCGUCAGACGAGUUUGCCGUCGCGCGUACGUACAAUUUAAAUUAUUUGAUCGGCUGCCGACGCGCAGCGCACAGUUCUCUCGGCUCUCGCCCGCUCUUCGUUUCAGACUCGCCGCAUUCGCAUCAUCGGAAUUUGUCGGCGUCGUCGUGACAUGUUGAACGCCGUACAAACGCUCCGCCGCCGCCGUUACUGCAGUGCCAAGCCGAACCGCCAUCGGCGCGCAACAGCCGACAUCUUUGGUCGCCCCGUGUGAGAGCGAAGCGUGUCCGAGCGAUUGUUUUUUUUUCGUCGCGAUACCCCUCAGCGGUCGACCGGAGAACCCGAGACACGCGUUCGUUUCGUGUAACAUUUCUGUUCCGAUAGUUCGGCGUCACCACAAUGGCGUUCAACAACUCCGCUACAGUGUCCGUCGAAGGAAACGCGACCGGCGCCACGAACAGACACACAUGCAAAAUGCGAAAUAAAAGAAUGUGGAAAUCUUUGCGUGCGCACAUCUUGUCGCGUCGAGAAAAGAGCAAACAAGAUGAAGCUGAUGCUGAACUUUUGAGAAAACAAAAAUUUGCAGAAGAUCAAAAAAUGCAAGAAAAUAAAUUAUCUUUAGCACAAAUUAAUGGCCGUUUGUCAGAACUACGAGAUAAGCGUGAUGAACUUGAAGAAGAAAAACGUGAAUUGCUGAAUCAGAACCAAACUAUUAUAAAUACAGUUAUAGCAGUGCCUGAGCCUAAGUGUGCAAACUAUGAUCGUGAAUUAGUGACAAAAAUCAAAUUUAAAAGUAGUAUAGUCCCAGAUAUUGCUUUUCUCCGUCAUCAACGACAACAACACCAACAAAAAUUUUUAGACCUGCUGACAACUACACCUCGUAAGAAAAUUCCAUCUCCUAUGACACUUGAAGAGUUAAGUCCAAUAUCGGAAUCUGUAGUAAUACCUACAGAUGUCAAAGAGAGAAGCGAACAAAAUUUUUGGAUUAUACAUCAACCAAAUUAAUUUUAUUUUAUCAAUUAUUACUAAAAGAUAAGAAUUUAACAAAAUGUUCGACACUGUCUUGCAGUAGUCCAUAUUUUAUUAGGAAUGGUAAUUUUAAUACAUUGUUUUAAAAUUAUUUUUAUAAGGAAAUUUUUUUUUUAAAUUUAUGACUUGUUUCCUUUUUAUUUAUCUAACUUUUUUUUUUACGGUAUUAAAAACUACUGUUAGUACUUUAAAUUAUGUUACAAUCAACAGAUGGUCAAUUUUAACUUAUAAAACUUUCUCUUUUAUUAUUUAUAAUAGAUAUUCCACGAUUAAUAUUAAUGUAAUUUGAUAAUUAAAUUAAAAUUUAAUUUGUGAAGUAAAGCCAAAAUAAUAGUAUAUUGGUUAAUUUUCAUUACUAUAUAUUAUUACCCUAGCUUUUUUUUAACUAUUAAUUUAUUAAGAUCUUCAAUUUAUCCAGCAAUAUUGCAUUUUUAUUAUUUAAGUUUAAACUGUUAUUUACGAUCAUCUGAAUUUGUAUUCUUUUUAACAAGGUAGUUAAACAAAUGUCAAAUAUUAAAUCAUGAAUAAUAUUUUUGUAUACAUAUUAUUAUUAAAUAUAAGAUUACUAUGAGUCAUUCAUUAGAAUGAUCAUAAUUAGUGUUAUAGACUGAUAUUAUAAAAACAUUUAAUAUACAAAUAUUAAUUUUUAAUAAAAAUGUUCUUAAACAAAAUAAAAAAAACUGUUACAUUUUUUUAUAAAAUCAAUUUAAAAAGUUUA